AUGUGUCUUACAGCUCCCUCUAGAGAUAAAGUUGUCAUCUUAGGGGAUGGUAAUGCAAAAGUGGUGUUUAACAGGGAGGAUGACAUCAGCAUCUAUACCAUGAAAGCCAUGAAUGAUCCAAGGACCUUGAACAAAAUUCUCUACAUUAGACCUCCUGCCAACACCUACUCGAUGAAUGAUCUCGUGUAUUUGUGGGAGAGAAAGAUCAGCAAGACCCUGGAGAGGGUUUAUAUUCCAGAGGAGCAAGUUCUGAAGAAAAUUCGUGAUGCGAGAUCUCCAGAUGAUCUGAUGUGGGCCAUAUACCAUUCUAUUUUUGUGAAAGGAGACCAAACUAACUUCGAGAUUGAGCCGUCAUUUGGAGUGGAAGCUUCGGAGCUCUACCCCAAUGUCAAAUACAGCACCAUGGAUGAGUACCUUGAUCAGUUUGUCUGA